GCUGGCGAUCGGCGCGUUCGAGCAAGAGCUCGCCGAGGUCGAGGAGCUCAGGAGGGCGCGUGCGAAGGGCGAUGGCGAAGCCAUCGCAAUCGAGUCGAGCCAGUCCCCGCGCCCGCCGGCAGCCGCGUCCCAGACGCAGGCCGAGUCGGGAGCUGAAUCGGGGCCUGAAGUCGAGGAGCUUCAAGAUGCAUCGCCAUCAGAUUCACCGACUGACCCUGCCACCGCGGACGCGCUCCAGAAGCGCCUCGAGGACAUCAGGGCGAAGAAGGAGGAGAUGGCCAAGCUCGAGAUGGAUCUCGAGGCUGAGCAGCGGCGCCUGGCAGCGCCGAGGGCGGCGCCGAGGGCGUCGCCUGGCAGCGCCGAGGGCGGCGCCGAGAGCGCCCCCUCGAUGGCCAACGCCGACCUCGCCCCUGCUGAUGCUGCCACGGGGAAGCGCGCCGAGAAGCUCACGCCCGUGAAGAAGAAGAUCCUGAAGACGUUCCACGAUGAGUUGCUGCAGCGAGCCCGCCAGGUGGAGGCCAGCAAGGCUGGGUUCUUGACGAAGCCCGACGUCGCUCCAGCUGGCCGCAGCCAAUUCUCGAAGUUGGAGGAGGCGAUCCAGAAGGAGAACGCGCCCGACCGCAACAGGCUGGGCGACCUCGAGCUGCUGAAGGCCAAGGAGACUGGCCAGAUGUUCACGAAGCGGUCUGCGCUGGGCAACAGGUUGACUCGGCAGUGCAAGAAGAACCACGAGCUGGCCCAGAGGUGGGAGAACGCCAUCGACAAGGAGGUGUUCAAGCAAGACUGGGUCGAAGAGGAAUGGAAAGGCCUCUUGAAGCGCUACCGCACCUACGUCGAGGAGUACAGCGAGGACUUCAUCAAGCAGGGCCGCCUCGUGAGCUUCUUGCGCAUGACAUACGAGGAAGGAGGCCCGUCGGGCCACGAAGAUGAGUUCACUAUCAACACGUGCCACGAGAUUUGCGAUCAUUGUAUCGACUUAGGCUACCCGUUUUGCCAGUUAGAUCCCAACGGGGGGAAGACGGUCAAGUUCAUGUGGUUUCAGUUGCAGUACAGGGGGCA